UUUCCUCCCCUUCUCCUGGAAAGGCUGUUUUGCGCCUGCGUGCUCGGGAAAACCUCUGGCCUGGAGACCGUGCAGAAAGUCCAGAAAGGGCUUCCAAUUCUCUGAUCAAACAGUUGGUUUUGCCAUCAGCCAACUCCAACAACUUUCACCGUCUGUUCUUCCAUUGCAGAAUUCUAGCUGGAAAAGACUUAAUAACUGAACAGAAAAAAAGUAAAGAAGAUAACCCCCCCUGUAUUAUUGGAAUGCAGGUAGUAAUUUCUCCCUGUGUAUUAUUAGAAGGCAGAUUGUCCAUUUAUUUGAUUUACAUCAUUUUUAAGCUUCUAAUUGGAAUCCUGAUGGUUCCUUUGUAUCGGUACCUGGGAUUGGCUCUUCCCCAGUUAAGCAGGGCAACAAAUAUACGUACUUUCAGCCUCAGCAAUGUGUGCAGUUAUAUCCAGAAAUUGACUCGUGUGCGAGUGGUUGAUAACAGCGCCUUGGGGAACACACCGUAUCACCGGCCUCCAAAAUGUAUCCACGUCUACACCAAAAACGGAGUGGGCAAAGUGGGUGAUCGAAUUCUUCUGGCUAUUAAAGGGGAAAAGAAAAAGGCGUUAAUUGUCGGGUGCAAGUUUCCCGGGCCUUGCAUGACUCCUCGGUUUGAUUCUAACAACGUGGUGCUCAUCGAAGAUAAUGGGAAUCCAGUUGGGACACGGAUCAAAACACCUAUACCUUCCCUGCUGAGGAAAAAAAAAGAAUUCUCCAAAGUGUUGGCCAUUGCCACAGACUUUGUGUGACUUCCCUGGGAGGGCAUCGAGUGACAAAGAAGGGGAUGUUGUGGGACUGUCCCUUGAGUUGCAUUUCUCUUUUCAUUCCCAGAAUUGAGGAAGAAGUAUUUGAAAAAAAAAGUAGGAAGAGGAUGGCACGGAGUGCUAAGACAUCCUUGGGGGAAAUACACUUUCCAUUAUUUUGGGUAACAAUUGCUCUUCUGAACUAAUUUAAUUAAAGGCAGAG